AUGGCCGAAAUUAUCAUGACUGAUGCGCAUGCACCUGCGCCAUCUGUCUCUCUUCGACCCAAGUACAAGCUGGGUGAACUGCCCCUAGUCAAAGAGCAGCGAUCUGCAAUCGAUGCCCUUUUUACGCAAUAUCAGAAGCAAGGCGGUUACGACUCGAUGCGCAAGCAGAUAUGGACUAGCUUCAACGCUUCCGAAGGCAAGACCGCUCUGACCGAUCGAGUGAAUGAAGUUGCCGAUAGCGAAAUCGACAAGAAUCCUGGCCUCCUCUCCCGCGAUCGCGAUACUGCUGCGGCUCUCAUCAACGGCGCCCUCGACCGCUCCGGUAUCUACAAAGAUGUCGAAGCCCAUGUUGACCGCGAAUUGGCAAAGCAUCUCGACAUGGUCUUGGCUUCUGUGCGCGAGCUUCGGCGGAAAGAAGUUGGUGAAGAGCAGGCCGCGGCAGAGGAGCAGCGGGGUUCUAAGACCGAUGAAGACUACGAACGGGAGACUGAAGGACGUAUUGAAGAGCGCACAAGAAACCGAAACAGACUCGAAGAGGUCUCACAUGAUCUCGCGCAACUAAGGGCCAAAAUCAGAGCCAUGGAGGAGAAGAAACUUCGUGAAGAACAAGCCAAGCGCGACGAGGAAGACCGCAAGCGCCGCGAGAAGGAAGACGAAGAGCGUCGUGAGCGUAGGCGCAAGGAGCGAGAAGAAGAGGACCGCAGAGAGGCCGAACGCAUCAAAGCCAGGGACGAGCGGGCGAAGAAGCGUGAACAGGAGCGACUCGAACGGGAGGCUGAGUACGAGAAGGAGAGGGAGGAGCGGCAACGUCGUCGUGAUAAGGAGCGCCGUGGGCGAGAUCACGAUAGCCGUCGCGGCUCGGUGGCUGAAGUACGAACGGAAGUCAAAACCGAGGGCAAGAAGGUGGUCGAUGAGAAGGAUCUUGAGGCAGCGGCGUUGGAGUUGCUCAUUAGCGAAGGCAAACAACUUGCAGAUCAAUCGCGGACCUCGACUCGGCGCUCUGACCACGACCGCGACUACCGACGAAGAGAUCGGUCACGCGACUCGUACCGGAAGCACGAUAUUCCUCGCGAGCACCGCAGUCGGUCAAGAACUCGGCGCUCUGAGCGCGACACUGAUAGCCACUCAGUCGUGGUUUCUGACAAGAAGAUCAAGAAAGAAGACAAAGAGGAUGACUCAGACCGCGAAGAGGGUGAGGCUCAGUCACGCAAGGGUAGUCCUAGCCCCAGCCCUAGCCGCACUCGAGCACCUGGUCAGCCGCGCGAGAGAGAACGUCGACCCCGGUCCGCGAGCCCCGUCGGCAUUGAUCGAUAUGUGCCCGGAGGUGGUGUGCACCGAGCUGCACACGACCGCGAUCGUGACUCGGAUCGCCGCAAGCCUCGCGAUGCGCGAGAUGCCAACGACAAAGAUCGUGAAACUCGUGAUGGCACAACCCGAUUUGGUCGUUACGAUAGAUACACGCGUCGCGACAGCCGGGACUACGACGCGAGGAGGGAGUCAAGGAGGGAUCGAACGCGCAGCCCAAAGCGGCGAGACAGAGAUGAUAGGCGUGAUAGCAGAGACACUCGGGAGCGAGACGAUCAGCGAGACCGAGAUCGUGAUCGAGACCGCGAUCGAGACGACAGGAGAGACCGCGACCGUGACCGGGAUGACCGCCGUGACCGCGACAGAGACAGGGACGAUCGCCGGGAUCGAGGUCGUGAUAGAGACCGAGAGCGUGACCGAGACCGAGACAGAGGCGACAGAGACAAAGAUAGGGACAGGGAUCGCGAUCAUGAUAGCAGGAAAGACCGUGACCGCCGAGAGCGGGACAUCGACCGCUACAAGCCGGGCAGCAGCCGUCGAGACUGA